AUGGCAACCGAAAAUCCAAACUCGCAACAUGACGGUCUGCGUGUUAUUCACGUAGCUCUCUUUCGCAUGGCCACUAGGUCCUCAGCCGAAGCUUAUAGGAUCCUUGGAUACAAAACCCACCACGGCUUGGAUGAUGUCUUCGGCAUGCCCUGGCCUCUUCUCGAGAAGGCGGCAGAGGCCACCUGGCCGACCGUACCCGGAGCACGCCCAAGACCUCCGUUGACAAGAUCCGACUGGGAUGAGCUCUGGGGGUCCCAGUAUGACAUAGCGACUGAUAUGGCAUCGCCGUUUGCGGACCAGCUCAUUCAAGCAUACCCAGACGCAAAAGUUGUCAUCGUCCAGCGAGACUUCGAAUCCUGGUGGCCUAGCUACAGGUCCGAGCUACUAGAUACCUUAUUUUCUCCUCUAGCACGAGUCUCUGUUUUUCUCUUGGAGCAUGUCAUGGGCAUACGAUCGGGCCCCACCAUGCAGAAGGUCCAUUUUGGCUUUUUCGGCGCCAAGGAUAGGGCCGGUGUGGAAGCUAACGCGCGCGUGGCCUACGACGCCUAUUACAAGAGAAUAAGGGAGAUGGUCCCCCUCGAGAGACGAUUGGAAUACAGUAUGGGGGAUGGUUGGGAGCCGCUAUGCGCUUUUCUGGGGAAAGAGGUUCCUGAUGUGCCUUUCCCGCGCUUGAACGAGCGGAAGUCUCACAGAGCAAGUGAUACUAAGAGGAAAUUAACGAUAGCAUUGGCUACGGUGCGAAAGGCAGGAAUGUUCCUACUCCCUGUUACGAUACUCGGAGCUGCGCUAUGGUAUUCCGGAACAAGUGUAAACUAUCUCGGGCUUUGA